AUGUUUGAACCAGUGGCUCCUCGGGCCUGCCGCCACAUCUCGUCAAUAUUCAUGCCCGACGUAGGCUUCUCAGAUAGAUACUACCAGGAUGGCAAUUUUAUUAUCGGAGGGAUCAUCUCUGUAACAUCAGCCUCCCUUCGUGUGACUUAUAGUUAUCGACAUCGCCCUGAUGAAUUAAGCUUAGUGCCAUGUGUCAAGAUAAAUCUAAUGUCCUACCAGAAUUUGGUGGCCUUUGUAUUUGCAAUUUCUGAGAUAAAUGAGAAUCUGGAAAUUCUUCCUAAUAUAACUCUUGGAUUCUACACAGCUGAUCCUUGUUUUAGUGAAAAACAAGCAGUAAAGGGAAUACUUAACAUCAUUUCAACAGAAAAAUACUCCACACUUAUACCUAACUAUAGCUGCGGAACAUUACAGAAGCUGGUGGGAUUCGUGGAUGGGAAAUCUUCUCAAGUGACUCUCCUGCUGGCCAGAAUGUUUGGUACUUACAAGAUUCCACAGAUUAGCUACUCCUCUUUGGAUCCCAUCCUAAGUGAUAAAGUCCAGUUUCCAUCUUUCUACCGCACUGUCCCCAAUGAGAAUGUCCAAUACAAGGCAAUAGUCAAGUUGUUAAGAUAUUUUGGCUGGUCCUGGGUCGGAAUGUUGGUUUCCAAUAACGAGUCUGGGUUGAAGGCCAGUCAAGUGAUUCAGGAAGAGCUCUCUCUACAUGGAUACUGUAUUGCCUUCUUGGAAUUUCUCCCAUAUCGUAGCCAAAUAGAUGAUGCAUUUAUAGCAAGAAUUGCUCACAUUUUGAAAACCUCCAAAGCCAAUGUUAUUGUUAUUUAUGCAGACCGAGACUAUAUAUUUGAAUUACAAGUCACACUGUUCAUGAAUCCCAGCCCUGAGAAGAUCUGGAUAAUUUCCUCCCAGUGGAACUUAUCUGAAGGAGUUGAUUUUUAUUUCCUAUCAUUUGAGCCAUUCAACGGCAGUUUGUCUUUCACGAUUCAUACAAAAACAAGUCCAAACUUUGAAGAUUUCUCUCAAAAUGUUAAUCCUGUCAGUUAUCCAAAUGAUUUCUAUAUUGAUCGUGUAUGGAUGGAGCUUUAUGACUGCAAUUAUAUAAGAAAGAGUGGUGACUUUGAAUUAUGCAUGGGCAAUGAGACAAUCCAAUCUAAAGAAUACAGAAAUAUCCAUAAAUACAUGUCUCAAUACAGUUAUAGUAUAUACAACGCAGUAUAUGCUUUGGCACAUGCUUUGCAUGAAUUGACCUCUGAAUUCAAUAAGGAGCAAAUUAUAAAUGAGAUCCAAGCAUGGAAGGUGAGUUUGCCACUAUAUCUCUUUUUUUUUCAGGUUAAUAAAUACUUAAAAAACAUGCAUUUUAUAAACACAGCAGAGGAAGAUAUUUAUUUUGAUGAAAAUGGAGAUUUUAAUUCUCAACUUGACAUUUUGAACUGGAUUGUAAACCCAGACCAAUCUAUUGAUACCAUUAAAGUUGGACACUAUAAUCAACAAUCUCUCCAAGACCUAACAAUAAAUAAGGAAAUGAUAACAUGGAAUCCAGCAUUUCAACAGGCUCCUCCAAUGCACAUGUGCAGUGAAAGCUGUAUCCCUGGGUACAGAAAAUCCUACAAACAAUCCCGGUUCUCCUGUUGCUACGAUUGUGUCCAUUGUCCUCAAGGUGAAAUAACCAAUGACACAGAUAUGGAAACAUGUACAAAGUGUCCAGACCGUCUAUGGCCUAAUGAGAAGAAAGACACAUGUAUCCCUAAACUCAUAACAUACCUCUCCUAUGAAGAUCUACUUGGUGAAUCUCUGGCUGUGGCAUCAGUGUUGUUAUUUCUUAUCACUUGUUUGGUUACAACUAUUCUCAUAAAACAUCGAAAUACCCCAGUUGUGAAAGCUAACAACCGAGAUCUAAGCUUCAUUCUUCUCGUCUCUCUAAAAAUUUGUUUUUUAUGUUCUUUGCUAUUUAUUGGUUAUCCACAUAAAUUAACUUGUAUUCUAAGACAAACUGUGUUUGGAAUAAUUUUCUCCAUCUCUGUCUCAUCCAUUUUGGCCAAAACAGUGACAGUUAUUAUUGCAUUUAAUGCGACCAAGCCGGGAAGCAAGUUAAAAAACUGGGUUGGAUCCAGAUCUUCUAAUUCCAUUUUACUGUGUUGUUCCUUGAUACAAGUAAUAAUAUGUUGUGCAUGGUUAGGAAUUUCUCCUCCUUUCCCACAUGAAAAUAUGGAAGUUGAAGUUGGGACGAUAGUAGCUGAAUGUAAUGAUGGGUCACAGAUUGGAUUUUAUAGUGUGCUGGGUUACAUGGGAUUUCUGGCCUUUGUUAGUUUCUUUAUAGCUUUUUUAGCUCGGAACCUUCCUGAUAUGUUCAACGAAGCCAGGUUGAUCACAUUCAGCAUGUUAGUAUUCCUCAGUGUGUGGAUCUCCUUUAUCCCAGCCUAUCUGAGCACCAAAGGGAAGUACAUUGUGGCUGUGGAGAUAUUUGCAAUCCUGACAUCUAGCACUGGGUUUCUGGGGUGUAUAUUUAUUCCCAAGUGUUAUGUUAUACUUAUUAGACCAGAAAGAAACACUAGGGCAUUCAUGAUAAAACAAUAA